AUGUUUACUCCUCUCGGAUUAUUCAAGGACAUUCCUUGUCCAGAAGGUCAACGAUGCUCUCUUUUGACCUGCAUAUUCUCCCAUGAAUAUGCGCCCUCUCCAUCAAUCGACGUGAGUAAUGCUCAAGACACGACUGAAAGGCCCAAAGAAACGACCGACGAGGGUCCACCGUUGAAGAAGCCAAGAUUGGACACCUCACCGAAAGUGACGGCGCAGAAGACUCAGUCGCCGUCAAAACCAAGCAAGGCUGUGACCAAACCAGCUAGUGCGCCGAAUGUUGGGGCAGCAUCGAAGCCGCAACAGAUAAGUCAAAGCACUACCAAGAUCCAGUCGAUGUCUCGAGAGGUUUCCCCUCCUCCGCUGAAGAAGGACGCCCUGGCCAAGACUAAAUCUCAGGCAUCUUCAAAAAGUGAUGCUCGUCUACCCCCGAGACGAGCUCCACGAGAAAGCCUGAAUCCACGCAUGCUUCCAAAGGCACCAGUAUCUCAUGGCGUACGAUUGUCUAUAUUAACAAAGCUACAUGUCGCCAUGUGUGCCCAGAAUGAGAAGCUGAAAAAAGAAGGAGCCACGGAGAAUCCAUUGGUAUUAUCUCCCAAUGAGCUUGUCACGAUGGCUUUGGACGAGGAAGAGAAAGCAGCAAAACAGAACCCGGGCAUUUAUGCGAACGUCAUCAAAUUGCGGAUUGUGAAACUACCAAAGUUGGGUCUGGAAGACUGGAAGAAAGAGGUGAAAGCUCAUUUGAAUGAGCGAUACUACAAGAUAGAGCCAAGUCAACAAAGCCAACAAAUAGCGCCGCCGAAGAUCCUCGACACGGGACUGAGCGCAAAGGAAGAAAUCGCUCUCCUCAGCAAGCUAAUCACUCCUGUGGAAGGACUUGAAGCUCAUGGAUACGUGACUAGAGUACCUACAAAGGAGGAAGUUGAAAGUGCAAGAAAGGGCGUCACUGAAUCUAAAGGAUGGGAGAAGUGCGAUAGGUGUGGUGGACGAUUUCAAGUCUUCCCUGGUCGUCGCGAAGAUGGCUCCUUAACGACCGGAGGCCAAUGCACAUAUCACCCUGGCAAGCCAUUUUAUCCCCCGAGGAAGCAAACAGACCACAUCACCGGCCCCCGAGAAGCAUAUUUCCCCUGCUGCAACGAAUCUAUCGGGACGUCUUCUGGUUGUACCAAAGGCAGCACCCAUGUAUUCAAAGUGUCUGAAUUCAAACGGCUGGCGUCGAUCCUUCAAUUCGAAGAGACUCCGGUGCAGCCCGAGAAAGGAACCCAGCACCCGGUUUGCUUCGAUUGUGAAAUGGGAUAUACCACAAUGGGGCUUGAACUCAUUCGUCUGACCGCAGUCAGCUGGCCAGAAGGAAAAGAACUUCUGGAUAUCCUGGUUCGGCCGAUGGGCGAAGUUCUGGAUCUCAACUCGCGCUUUUCCGGUGUAUUCCCGGAGCAUUACACCAAAGCAAUCCCUUACGGCAGCACAACAACCCCUGUCCUCGAAGAUGGCGAAGUCGAGGCCAAGCCACUACAAGUUGUCGAAUCGCCAGCAGCAGCCCGGGCCCUACUCUUCAAGCUUCUACAACCCGAUACACCUCUCAUCGGACAUGCUAUCGACAAUGACCUGAACGCUUGUCGCAUUAUUCAUCCCACGAUUAUCGAUACGGUGCUUCUCUAUCCGCAUCCGCGAGGGCUGCCGAUCCGCAUGAGCCUCAAAGCCCUCGUGAAGAAACACCUCGAUAGAGAUAUUCAGACCAAAGGGAACCAAGGGCAUGAUUCCAAAGAAGACGCUGUAGCCACCGGUGAUCUGGUACGGGUCAAGGCAUCUGAAACUUGGAAGAUUUUGAAAUCCAAAGGAUGGCAGAUUCGAGACAGCAAGCUCGCUCCUCCGCCCGGCACGAGGGAUGUGGCAGAGGAUCGGAGACUUGGUCCAGGAGCCGGUCAUAAGAGGAAGGACGGAGCGUUAACCUAG